AUGACCUCAAAAAAGAUACAGGAUUGGACUAAUAAGAAUUUGUUUACUGGAUCAGUCGAUUCAUGGAAUGAUGAAUACAGUCAUCCUUUUCCUAACACAGCUCCAAGUCAUGGCGGUCAACAAGAAGAACAUGGUCUUACUGAAAGAAAUGGCUCAUUCGGAUAUGGAAGUACAGAGGGUGCAGAGCCUUCAGAGAAGAUGGUCAAUGAUCAUCAAGAAGUCGACCCGCAUGCAAGCAGUGAACCUAUCACAUCAUUACAGGCAGCUUGGAACGUGACGAAUGCGAUUCAGGGAAUGUUUAUUGUCGGAUUGCCAAUUGCUGUGAAGGUUGGCGGUUGGUGGAGUGUUGGAGCGAUGGUUUUCGUUGCUUGGAUUUGCUAUUGGACGGGCAUUCUACUUGUCGAGUGUCUUUAUGAUAAAGAGAUAAAAAUUCGGCACAGCUAUCGAGAAGUGGCCGAGGCUUAUCGUCCUGGCUUCGGGAAAAUCGUUUUGGCAGCACAGAUGACCGAGUUGCUCUCAACUUGUAUUAUUUAUCUCGUAAUGGCGGCUGAUUUGAUGCAAGCUUGUUUUCCGAGUAUUGAUAAGCCAGCCUGGAUGAUGUUGGUUUCAUCAAUUCUUCUCGGAUGUGCUCUCCUUGAGUCGCUUGUCGUCGUUUCACAGUUAUCCCUAGCCAAUGCAGUUUCUCAUUUGAUCAUCAAUGCAAUCAUGGUUAUCUAUUGUCUUUCACAGAUAAGCUCAUGGGUAUGGGCUGAUGUGCGUCUGCUUCCAUCGAUCGAUACCUUUCCAACAAUGAUCGGUGUGGUCGUUUUCGGCUACACGUCACACAUUUUCCUACCAGCGCUUGAGGGAAAUAUGAAGGAACCAAAAGAAUUCAAGUGGAUGCUUAAAUGGUCGCAUGUUGCUGCAGCGCUCUUUAAAUCCAUCUUUGGCCUCAUGGGCUUUCUCACCUUCGGUCAAUUAACUCAACAAGAGAUUUCAAAUUCUCUGCCAAAUCAAGGAUUCAAGAUCUUGAUUAAUUUUGUGCUAGUUGUGAAGGCUCUCCUCUCAUAUCCACUACCAUUUUUCGCUGCUGUCCAAUUGCUCAAAGACAACUUCUUUCGUGGUCGAAAGUUCACAAUUUUUACGAGUUGUUACUCGAAAGAUCAUUCACUCCGUGAGUGGGCUUUAUUGUUGAGAAUCGUGCUUGUUUUGUUCACUCUCUUCGUUGCACUUUCUGUGCCGUAUCUCAUCGAGUUGAUGGGACUCAUUGGGAAUAUUACAGGCACAAUGCUUUCCUUUAUAUGGCCAGCUUUAUUUCAUCUCAAGCUGAAACAAGCAGGAAUGGUGAACAGAGAUCGAAAGUUUGAUCAAUUUGUGGUUGGACUUGGUUGUUUCAUUUGUGUUACUGGCAUCUAUUACUCGGCCAAAGAACUUCUCUUAGCUGUUCAAAAUGGAGAUCAA